ACGGAGCCUGUGGCUGGCAAGGCCACCGAGCAGGGCCAGGCCGGGCCCUGCCCGCAAGGACGCCCAAACCCUUCACCGGCCCCCGAGCCACAGAGCCCACCAGGCUCUCCUGCUGGCCCCACCAUGACAUCGGAGCCCACGUCGCCUCCUGUGGUGCCCCCACUCCACUCCCCCAAGUCCCCUGUCUGGCCUACCUUCCCUUUCCACAGGGAGGGCAGCAGGGUCUGGGAACGAGGCGGAGUCGCUUCUCGGGACCUGCCCAGCCCUCUGCCGACCAAACGGACGAGGACAUAUUCAGCGACAGCCCGGGCCUCGGCCGGCCCUGUGUUCAAGGGCGUCUGUAAGCAGUUCUCACGCUCGCAGGGCCACGGCUUCAUCACCCCCGAGAAUGGAUCGGAGGACAUCUUCGUGCAUGUAUCUGACAUUGAGGGAGAGUAUGUGCCCGUGGAAGGCGACGAGGUGACCUACAAGAUGUGCCCCAUCCCACCCAAGAACCAGAAGUUCCAGGCCGUGGAGGUGGUGCUCACCCAGCUGGCCCCCCACACCCCCCAUGAGACGUGGUCUGGCCAGGUCGUGGGCUCCUAGGCAGAGGCAGCCACACCGGGAAGGCGGGCAGCAGCGGGCCCUGUGCCCCCACAGUGCUGCUGACCAGCCCUGGGCGGCCUCAGUGUGCACGUCCAUCUGUCUGUCUGUGCUCGUGGCCGUGAGUGUGUGCCUCUACCCACCCGUGACCCGUGACUGUUGUGUGAGCCAGCCAGGAGCCGGAUGGAGGGGAGGCUGCCAGCCCUGCCUUGGCCUGCCCCUCCUCCCUCCUCCCUGCAGCGCACACCCCGCCCUCUUGCCCCCUGUCCGCUGUUCACGUGUUGACUGAGCUUCUGUGAGCCUGCCUCAGGCUCACAGGGACUCAGGGGACCCCUCUCUUAAGAGCUUGCUCCCCUCACUGCUGCCCACAGCCCUGCUGGGCCCCAGCCCUGGUCCUGGGCAGACUCUGCUUGUGCUCCUGCCUCCUGCCCUGGGCUGGGGGUCUCUGCCAUGGUCUGGCCCCUUUCCCUCAGAAGCCAGGCAGGUGAGUGCUUUCCGGGAGCCUCUAGCUCCAGCAGGGGAAGAGGAGCUCCAGAAAGGGGUUCUUGUCUCACUGGCCAGGCCCCCCUCGGCCUGACAGUGGCUCUGAGCCCCUCAAGGCAAGGAGUGGGGACACAGCUCCUCAGCUUGGAUGGAGCCAUCCCCUGUAUCCUGACUCCCAAACUCUAGAUGCUCAGCCCUGGGCCCAGCCAUGACAGCUGCUGAGGACUUGCUGAUGGACUGACGUGUCCCCUCAGGCCAGGCCUGGCCAGGCCCCCGAAAGAUGGCCCUCAGCCUGGGAGACCAUGGGCCUUGCAAACCCAGGCCAGACCCCCUUUCCACAGGUCCCUGUCAGGCCCCUAGCCAAGGUGGUCCUCAUCCUGUCCAGGCUUGGAGUCCCUAUGGGACUAAGAUGUGUGUGUCUGUCAGAGGUGGCCUGGCCUAAGAGACCAGGCAGGCCCUGCCCACCACACCUCCUUCUAGAGAGCGCAUACAUAAAGUGGCAUAAAAGGGGUCACAGGCUCAAGGGAGGGCCCGUCAGGACAGCGGCCAUUAGGAGACCCACUCUGCAAAUAAAACUGGGGGCUCGAAUACCCAGAUGAGGGGAUCAGUGAGUGGCCGUGUAGGUGCCUAAAACCCAGGCGAGAGGUCAGCGGGACAUCUGCUUCUCACCCCUGCCCGGUGCCCACUCCAGAGGCAGGGAACCCAGAGCUGCUGGGGGCGCUGGCCAGCCCCAACAGUGGACAGGGCCAGCCUGACACCCCCUCUGAGCUAGGCUUCUCUGGCAAGGCCUGUCCCUGAGGAUAAGGACCUGUGGCCCUCUUGGCCGAGGCCCUGUUGGUACAGGACUCCUUGCCUGCCAGGCUUCCCUCCUGUAAGCAGACCCCCUUUCUAGGUGCCCUGGGGCUGCCUGGGGGGCAGUGGGCAGCAGCUCUCCUCCCCAUUCUUGGGUCCUCCAGGCCCCAGUCAGAAGUCCUCCCAAGACCCCAGCCACGGACUGCCCAUCCUUCCUAACACUGGCAAUAAACUCUCGACUGUGACCUACA